CCUGUUUGACUCCAAUUAGCGUUUCUUUCUACAACGUGAAACUCGAAAGUCUGACGUAAGCUGAUAAAGUUCAGCAACACUGACUUUCCUCCUAUUAAAAACUAUUUCAACGGCGGAAGUUUAGUAGGAAGCUCCAUGAGCGUCUUUUAAACGUUUAGCUUUUAGACGGAAAGGUUUGCUAAAGUUAGCCGCGAAGCUAAAAACAACUUUAGCUAACGUGAACUGGUAAAUGAUAGCGGCUGGUUUCCUUUAACAUCUUACAAGUCAGUGAUGAGGAGCCAUGGUGGUGUUACUGCAGGGGAUGUGUCCUGGUCUGGAUGAAGAUUUACUGCGGAGUCUACGGGCAGCUGAUAUCAAAACAGUGGAGGACCUCGUCUCUUCUGACAUCGAGGAUCUCGCCCAGAAAUGCUCCGUGUCAUAUAAGGCUCUUUUUGCCAUCCGCAGAGUUCUGCUGGCCCAACACACGGCGUUCCCAGUGUCGGGCGCCGAUCUAUAUGAAGAACUAUUGAGCUCCACAGCCAUCCUCUCCACUGGAAAUCCCAGCUUAGACAAAUUGCUGGAUUCAGGCUUGUACACUGGAGAGAUAACAGAGCUGUCAGGAGGACCAGGAAGUGGCAAAUCUCAGGUGUGUUUUGGUGUUGCGGUGCACAUAGCACACCAUCUGAAGCAGAGUGUGAUCUACAUCGACACAACAGGCGGGCUCACUGCCAGCCGCCUGCUGCAGAUGCUACAAACCGAAACGAAUAAUACAGAUGAGCAGAUGGAAGCUCUUCAGAGGAUUCACACCUUCCGCCUGUUUGACGUCUGCGCACUGCUCGACUGCCUGUACGGGCUCUGCAGCGGCGGCCUUCAGAAGGCGUGUGUUGGCAGCGGCUCUGUCAAGGCGGUGAUCGUGGACUCGGUGUCAGCUGUUAUCGCUCCUCUGCUGGGAGGCAAACAGAACGAAGGCAUGUCCUUGAUGAUACAAGUGGCAGCAGUUCUGAAGACGAUGGCGAAGGACUUCAGUGUUGCUGUUCUGGUAACAAACCAUGUAACGAGAAGUGGCAGUGGGGCAGUGCAGCCGGGCCUCGGCGUAUCAUGGAGCCACGUCCCCAGAACCAGAAUCCUGCUGGAACGAGUUGAGAGAGGCGCAUCUGUCAGCUGCACGGGUUGGCGCUCCGCGACGCUCAUCAAGUCUUCCAGACAGGCUUGUCACAUCAAAGAGGAUUUUGACCUGCAGUGGUGGAGUCGUGCUGAAGGAGGAGGACCCUCAGGAAAGAGGAAAGUGAAUGAGAUCGAUCCCUGAGGAGAGCAUCUCUGCAGAAAUGUCAGACCAAGAACAGACAGGUACGACUCUCCUCUUCCGAAUGCAUUCCCAGAUCCAGCUGGAAGACACUUUCUGGGCCUGGCUGCCCCCCUCUGGAUCGCCCAUCGUGUGCGUAGCCGAGGCGGAGUCGUAGUCCGGCACAAGGUCUCCGUCGUACGCCACAAAGUACCGCUUCAGUUUGUCAAAGUCCUGAACAGAGACUGGAAGGAAGAGCUUCACCCCGCUGAAGAUGUCCAGCAGCGUCUGGAAGGAGAACAAUAGAUGAGCUGGAGUUUGACUCCAGGUACAAGGUUUCAUUUGAAUGGUCAGUAAUUAUGCUUGUGAAACAUUUCAUGUUGUGUUUGAUACUAAUCAGGAAACUGCUGUUGUAAAUUUACAGUUUAGAUCUUUUAUAAGUUUUCAGUCCCUCUUCAAGGCAGAUCCCCGUAUUGGUAGAACUAAUGGCCACAAAUCUUAGUUUUUCUUUCUUUAAAUUAAAGUGAUGAGAGGAAAAAGCCUCUCUCCAGGUUUUACUGGCAGUAGGUUUGUUUUUCUUUUAUAUCCAUGUUCUGGUUUAUAGGACCUUUACUCUUACCAUUCAUAACAUUUUGUCCCAACCUCCUGUUUCCUACUCAAAAAGCAACGUUUAAGUACUUAUUUUUGGUAUUUAAGUAUUUUGCAGCUUAUCAUAAAUCAGUAUGAUCCUGUUGGUUGAUUUAUAACAUUUCCUAACAGAAAACUAGGAGUAGAUUAUAGAAAACUACUUCAAUCAGUGAUAAAUAAAUGUUCCUGGAAGAGUUGGACCCCAAACUGACCAGGAACCGUUUAUAGCAUUUAAGUUGUAUUUCGCUCUGCCUCCUAAUGGACGUCAUAAUCUUUUAAAAUCAAUCCGGAUGAGUCCUGUAGGUCCAACUCAGCGGUGUACCGAGGGCCUGUGUCCUGCGUGUCCCUGAAGAACUUGACACUCUUAAGAGGUAACUAAGUGAACAUGCAGGACACCGGUCCUUGAGGAUUGACUUUGGGCAUCUCGGUCUUUUGUGAUCUGGACUUUUCAUUUUCUAAAGAACAAAAAUCUGUUAAAACAUGUCAAUUUUACUUUGCUGUAACUUUUCACUCAUUAUUGUUGAUAUACACUCUUAAAUAAAAAACUUCUAUUGCACUAAUAA